AAUAAAUAAAUGCAGAAUUCGAUUCGACAGUCCGAAAAAAUAAGAAAAGUAUUGAAUGAAUAGAUGUGCUCUUUUCAAUAACUUACAGAAUUUGAUAUUGUUUUAAUAGUUUAAGCUGAAUCAUUUUUUUUCAGUUAUUGAAGUAAUUAGCAUUCGUUUUAAUGCUGAAGUGGUAAUUCUAACAUAACCUAAAUGUGUAAAAAGAUUAUUCGAUUUGUUGUAGUUUAAAAAUCCAUUCAAUUAUGCUAUAUUCAUAAAUGGUUUAACGAUAUAAAAAGGAUUGCUAUGGAUGAUGACUCUAAAGAAUACAGAAGAAAUAAACCACAGCAGAAGUUUUACAAGCCUGGUAGUGGACCAUUGAGACGAUCAAGUUAUGGUUUGGACGCAAAAAUGGACACAAAUGACUUAGACGGAGGUUCUAAAAGCCGAAACCAAAACUAUUAUGGAUCUCAAAAUUCUAUUGCUGACGAUAUAAACGACACGUACAAAGGGACAAAUAUGCGCCACAAAAAACCUGAGCAACAGCUUUAUGUGCCUAAAUCAGGAGAUUCAUGUUCUGAUAAUGAUAAACAAUCUAAAGUACCAAUGAGGUGUGAUAAUUCUAGUCAGUACAUCAAUAGAAGAAUGUCUGAAAAUCCAGACAAACAGGGUGUGAAUAGUGGUUCAGGGUCUUAUUCUAGAGGUGCUUCCAAAAGAGAUAGGUCUUUUGCAGAUUACCAUCACAAGGAUGGUGUAAACAAUGAUAUUAAUUAUAAUAGACAAUAUAGACAAGCAUCAGAAACAAGGUCCAUUUCACCUACACAUUUGCAGGAUCAAAACUCUAUAGAUAGAAAUAGAGAUAGCAGAAGUAUGGAAACAUCAGCAGGGCGCAAUAUGUCAUCUGGUGGAAAGCCUCCUUCCGGACGAAGAAACUCUUCUGGCUAUACAUCUGACUCAUCAAGACCUAAAUAUAUGGUCAAUUUAGAUAAUUUACCUCCAAGAUUUAGAAAAAAGUUUUUAGAACAGUCAGGUCAUCAUAGUUUUGAUAGUGUUGACCAGAUUCGUAAAGACAAGUAUGCUUCAAAUCAUUCUGUUCAGCCAAUAAAUAACCAGGAUACAUAUUAUAACAUUACCAACUGGUCUCAGACUCUACCAUCAAGAGGAAGAGGACGCUUAAGAGAUCAUGAUAGCUUUGAUAGAGAAAAAUUUUUAAGUACAUAUUUGAAAAAUUAUGACAAUCAACAUUCUAGGAAAUCUACACCUAGUGGUUCAUACUUAAAUCUGUAUGAUACUAGUUCAACAGACACCAAGCAUGCUAAUGAUAAAGUUAAUACUGGACCAAGUAGUACUGAGAGUCAAGAAUAUUAUGAUGCAUCUCAAAAUGGUACAAGUAGUAUGGCUAAUACGGUAUCAAGUAGCCAGUUGGAACAACAGAAACAGGAGACGGAUAAUGAACAUGACAGUGAGACAACAUCACAGAUAUCAGCAACCCUUCUAGACAUCUCCAACUUGGAUUGGACUGAAGAAGUGGAAAAGAACAUCAAAUUAGAUGACAUGUGUGAUUCCUCAACUAGUUUCUCACAAAAAUUAAAAACAUCAGUUCAGGAUGAUAUAAAACCUGUUGAGCCUCGGCAGUCGAAGCGAAGCGGUAGGUCGCGACAUAAAGAUCGAAGAAGUUCUAGUAGAGGUAUAGGGAAUCCUGAAAAGAAAACAGAACGUAAUAGAAAGGACAGUACGGCGAGUGUCCAACAUGAACCUGAGAGAAACAGGAAGGACAGUAAUGUUAGUAUACAUUAUGAGACAAUACACUCGGGCUUGAAGCAGAGAGAGCGAGAACGGCGAGACAGCCACAAGAGUAACCGAUCUUCUACAAUCGGCAACAGCAGAGAUGACUUAGAUCGUUGGCGAUCCUUGCGAUCUUUCAGCAGAGAACAGAGUACUGAAGGGAGAAUAGUUUCACAAUGCAACAGCAGAGACGUAUCAGCUAACCGCGCUGUUAGCCCUAGAGACAACGAUGGUUUUAGAAUCCCGUCGGCCGUCUCCAAAUCAGCAGCAUGGUUAUCAACAAAUCAGAAGAAAAGCAAUGGAUCGUGGACAAAUGGGCGAACAUCAAGUAUAGAGCGAGGUCGUCAGUCCCCAGCACCAAGUCACGUUAGCGCCGGCGCAGGCCCCGCGGCCAGCGAGGGUGGCGGCUCAGGCCGGCGCCUGAGCAAGCGCUCCGGCCGGCGUCGCGGACGACACUCCGACGCGCAACGCGACCAGCAACAUGCGCAACAUCCCCAACACCCGUCAAAUACGCAACAUUCGCAACACACCCAAUCCGCCGCGCCCGUACCUCCUGCAACACCCUUUACGCAUUCACAUGCUCCAAGUGGAUUGAAUUGGAGGGAGGAAAUACUCGAGUCCAAGAAAUUCACCUCUCAUGAUAAACAGUCGGAAAAUUCUCGCAAUAAACCAUCUUCAGACCCUUCUGGGCCACAGCCUGGUUUGAUAAUGUUACCUCAAGGGUCAAUGACACAUAUGCAGAAGGAUAUGGGAAGGGGUGGUUCAGUAGAAACACAAAAAACUUUGUUUGAUCAUCAAAAUCCAUCCAAACCUAUAAUUGUUCAAACAAGUCCAACAAAAAUAGACAUACGGAUGGAAAGAGUGCAAAUACAGCGAGUCGGUAGUGUGGCCGCAGGCUUACACAUGGAGAGUUUCCGUGCAGGAGCUAAGGAGAGCGCGGGCCGCGGCGGGUCGGGCUACGAGGCGGGCGAGGCGGCGCGCGGCCUGCGCCACCGCGCGCUGCUGCAGGAGGUGGAGCGCGCCGACGCCGUGCUGCAGGCGCACGUGCUGCGCGGCCCGCGCGCGCUCGCCGACCACUGGCCCGACCUCACCGACACCAGGGCUUUCUUGCAAAAUGCACUUCAUAGACUCCUCAUGUCAGAUCUGAAGUACUGUCAAGCAGACAACAUUGAACAUCAUUUUUGGAAAAUAUUAUACUACAAUUUUAUAGAACUUUUAAGAAAAAGUUUUCCUCAAGUUACGCCGGAAGAUAAACCCAAAAUAACAAAACUAAUAAAUGUUAUAAUAGAAGAAGGAAACACGUAUUUUGAGAACUUAGUACAAAUGUUGGAGAAAACCUACAAGUUCAAUGUUGACGACUACAUAAAUGACAAUCAUGUUUUACCACCUAAAGGUCUUGGAUAUGUGGGCCUGGCUUUAAUAUCAGUACAAAAGAUCUAUGUAUUUUUGGGUGAUUUAGCAAGAUAUAAGGAACAAGUGAACGAGACAAAUAAUUAUGCUAAGAGUAAGUUUUGGUAUACAAAAGCCCAACAAAUUAACCCAAAGAAUGGCAGACCAUACAACCAGUUAGCUAUUUUAGCAAUAUACGCGAGAAGAAAAUUAGACGCAGUUUACUACUAUAUGAGAAGUUUAAUGUCAUCCAAUCCAUUUCAUUCAGCGCGGGAAAGUUUACUAUCACUGUUUGACGAAAAUAGAAAGAAGUACGAAGCUGCGGAGCGCAAACGCCGAGCAGCCCUUGAGGUGACAAAGAAUGCCGAGAGCGGGACGACAGGCGGGAACAGCGGCGACAACACGGCCGGCAUGCGCCGCGAGGUGUGGGUGCGGCCCAGCGGACACAGGACCACUACGUUUCGGCCUGCCUCUAGAGAUGAGCAGCUUGCAUCCAUGACCUCCGUAGAAUUAAAUAAAAACUUCAUAACCAGUUAUCUUCACGUGCACGGCAAGCUUAUUACUAAAAUAGGAAUGGAAACUUUCUACGAGAGCGCGAGCCAGAUGUUGCGUCAGUUCCGCGCGCUUCUUCAUCGUCAACCAUUGCCGACGCCCGCUGCCCGAUUGCUGCAACUAACAGCGCUCAACAUGUUCGCCGUGGAAACCACUGCUGCUUCCCUAAAAGGGGGUAAAACCAGCGGAGAGCGUACAGCAUGGCUAGAGUGCGCUCUCGGCGUAUCGCUGCUGAUGUUCGGCGCAAUGCUGGAGCGGUGUUGCGCGCUGCUGCCCGAGGCGCCGCAGUCACAACAUCACACCGACGCUUUACUGCUACUGCCUGCCAUCAAGGUGUGGUCCGACUGGAUGUUGUGUCAUAGCAGUAUAUGGAAUCCACCACCUUCGUUCGACAAUUUUGAAAUGGAUGCCGAUAACGACCCAUGGGAUUGGCUUGCUAAACUUAUGAAUAUACUGGAAUCUCUUGAUGAUAAGACGAUACAGUUCGAAAAUGAAAUAAAAGAAGGUCACGUGUGCGUCCGCUUGCCGGAGGACGCGUCGCUGGGCGGGUUCACGCCGCUCAUGUACAUGGAGCCGGCCGUGGCGUGGCUGCGCGCGGACCAGCCCGUGCAGCACCACGCCGCCGAGCACGCGCUCAGGAUCAGCAAGCUGCUGUUCUUUGGAACUGAAUACCUGGUAGGCGUGGAGCCACCCGUGUUGCGGCUGGAGUACCCGGCGGGCGCGGCGCCGCGCUACAUCAGCGCCGUGCAGCGCGUGCAGCCGCACCAUCCUCCACUACAACAACUGUCGGAAAAUUCUGAAGAUGAGAGCAACGCGAGCGAAGUCGCCGUUGGCCCCAGCAGCCACACGGAAGGCAAGGAGGCCGAAGGCACUGACGAAACAACUCGCAAACUUCUGCGACGCAAGGAACAACUCGAGACCAGGAAAGCGACGCUCGAGAGACAUCGACAACGUAUGCAAGAAAUACUGCGCGGCGGUUCUGUCGGUGCGGAGGUGGAAGUCCGACCUCGACUACUCGUUCCCGACACCAACUGUUUUAUUGACCACUUGUCGCUGCUUCAAGCUAUUGUUGACGCACCCUCGCAACCUUAUACUCUGGCCGUGCCUGUUGUCGUGAUGUCGGAGCUGGAGGGGCUGCGGCGCUGCGCGCGCGUGGGCGCGGCGGCGGCGGCGGCGCUGGGCUGGGUGGGCGGCGCGGGCGGCGCGCUGCGCCUGGCCACGUCGCGCGGCUCGCUGCUGGCGUCGCGCGCCUGCACGGCGGAGCAGGCCGCGGCGCGCGCCACCAACGACGACCGCGUGCUGGCCACCGCGCUCUCCCUGCUCGCCGCCAGCGCUACCGCAAGCGAUGCCGACACUCGCGGCGAUGAUGGUAGAGAGGCUUUAAAGGCUCGUCGAGUCCGCGAGGUGGUGCUUCUUACUGACGAUCGCAACUUGCGCGUGAAGGCACUGGCGGCCGAGCUGCCCACACGAGACCUGCCUUCCUUCGUGCAAUGGGCCGGACUAAGCCCAGAGGAAAAUCUGAAUACGCAGCCGACACCGACCGAGGACGCAAAUGCGGGCUGUAAUUGACGGGUGCGCGUGCAAACGACCCAAGUGACAACAGUUUAGCUCAUAUUCUGAUUUACUUUAUAAUUAACGUGAAAAGCGAGGUGACUUAAUGUUGCGAAGAAUAGUGCUUAAUAAAGUUAAUGUAGCAUUCGGUCCGGAAUGCAUGCGCUUGUUGUAUGUCUCCGAGGUAUAUGGAUGCGCCUCAUUAUAGUAUAGGAAUUGAAUAGAUUAAGUAAAACUAAAUACACCAAUAGAUGGAUAAAAUAUAAAUAGAUUUUGUUAAGGGCUAUAGGGUUCCACCUCCGUGUUCCUGAGCUACAUUUACUUUGUUAUUUUUUUACGUAUUUUCCGUUUUGUUUGUAAGGUGUUAGAUAAAUCGGAAAUUCAGUGUUGCUGAGCUAUUUUUAUUUACUUUUUUUUUGUAAUAUAGCAAGUAUAUUUUUUAUUAUUUUCUGUUAGGUGAUAGUUACAAAAUGUAUUGUAUGAUCUAUCUCCAACAAAAAGUACAGGACACAUAGUUUGUAAUAUCGUUUGUAUACAAUAUUAUCAACAGAUUUAAUUAUGAUUACAUUAAUGAAUUAAUUCAUGACUGCACGUCUGCAUAUUUUUGAUUUUUAGAAACUGUAAUUUUAAUUAAAUGAAUUUAAGUACAUUGCAUUAUAUUAUCCCUUUAUGUGUUUUUGCAUGAUUUAACGAAAUGUCACGUGCCAUUAUCAUCCUCUCUCGUUGCGUCUCAGGAUGUGUAGCCUCUGCCUAAUAUGGAAAACAUCAGCAACUUUUGAUGGAGUAAACUAUUUUGAUUGUGUACUAAUAAGCAAACGUCUAAAGUUCAGUUAACUAAACACUUAAACUUACCAUUUACCACUUUUUAUAAUUCGGAUGAGCAACUGCAUCAUGAUAAUUUUAUAUUAAAAUGUAGUACAAAAUGUUUGACAUUACAAGGACACUUGGUGUUUUUACUCAGGUUUGUAUAGAACUAGCACAGACGCAAAUAUUUCAUCACUUUUAUAUUUAUCAGCAUCAGAAUGUCUAUCUUUAAAUGCAAUCAUACACUCGAAUAGUUCGAAUUUUUUACUAGGUAAGUUUUGUCCCGAAUACAUGUCGGCCGGCAUACGGAAACUGCACGUAGUCGGACAUGUGAUCGGGGCCACUUUAUUGGGUUGACUAAAUUGAAUAAAUCUUCAUAUACAUUGUAAACAUAUGUCUAUAUCUUGCAAUCUUGCAACAAACUAAUCAUUCGCUUUACUUUGAAAAACAGGUUAGUUUACAUAUAGAAAAAAGUAUUGUGUAAAAACAGAUUUAUAAUGAUUACUAUAUCGUUAACGACUAUUGUAACAAAGUUUUUCAUUUUUGAAACAUUUGAUGCUGUUACUUUUGUCUUGAUCAUGACGUUUUAAUUAAACAUUGAAUUACUUCAAAAUAAA